GCAGCGUCGGGGCGGGUGGCCAUUUUGGAUGUGGCAGGGCCUCCGCCAUCUUGGGUGUGGAAAGCCCUCGAGUUGCCGCAAAGCUCCGCCAUCUUGGGUGUGGCGUCCACCCUACUCUCCCCACAACAACAGAAAUUGGUGGUGAAAUCUCAGCAGAUCUGGCCGCAAUUGUGAAAUCUGGAUGACAAAAAAUCUCAUUUGUUGAAUAUGUUGAACUUGAAGCCGGGCCUCCUGGCUCAAAGUGCAAUUCCACUGGAUUCUCCCUAAUUUAACAGAAUUGCCCCACAUGAGGAAACAUCCUUUCGGAGGGAAAGCUUUGAAGAUUCUCCUGUCAGAGCCUUCCUGAUGCGGACGAAACCACCAGGACAAAGUCAGGAAGCCACCGAGCCGAUUUGUCAAUCCUUCCCAAAUCUCAGGCCAUCUCGCCACCACUCCCUGCUGUUCACACCUGAGCUGCUCGAUUAGUUGGAAGAUCUGUCACUCAAUAAGCAUGUAGCAACUUGAAGGGAGAGUGGGCUGUGCCUGAGCAAUAAUAUAAAUUCGGGGGCACCUGCGAUAUAUUUUCAGAUGUUGAUUCUGAGUGCCUGGAGCAGCUGUUCCUGAGUCAAUACCAGCUCUGAGGAUUUGACCCUGUUUUAAAGAUCGGUUCAGCAUGGACCAUAAUAUCCGCCUGAAUUAUCACAAGGACUGUGAGAGUGCUGUCAAUCGCAUGAUCAACAUGGAACUCUACGCCUCGUACGUUUACCUCUCUAUGUCCUAUUACUUUGACCAAGGAUCUAUUGCCCUGGACAACUUUGUGAAGUUCUUCAAGAAGCAGUCAAACAAGGAACGUGAGCAAGCGGAGAAUCUGAUGAAAUUCCAGAAUCAACGAGGAGGUCACAUCGCCCUGCAAGAUAUCAAGAGACCAGAACAAGAUGACUGGGACAGUGGUCUGCAGGCAAUGCAGUGUGCUCUGCAGUUGGAGAAGAACAUUAACCAAAGCCUGCUGGAGCUGUACAAACUCUCGAAGGAUAGAAGUGACCCUCAUUUGUCUAACUUUCUGGAGACCCAUUACUUGGAGAAGCAAGUCAAGACCAUCAAGAAACUUGGUGACCACAUCACUAACCUGCAUCGCUUAGGUGCCCCUCAGAAUGGCAUGGCUGAAUACCUGUUCAACAAGCACACUUUGGGGGGAGAGUAGACCAUGCAACACCAGACUCCUCACACCUUCCAACUCAUUGACAGCAUCUAUUUCUCAAAAAAUUCUCCAGAGCCUGAAGACAUAUUGUCUGGUUCUAGAAUUCUCUGUCGUUUGAUACCCAUUAGAAAACUCCCCACUGUUUGCCAAUUUAGUUUAGCAGCUAACAUUGCUGGAUUGCCACUGUGUACAACUCCUUUCAUUGAAUAACUAGGCAGCAGAGUAACAAGUUCCUGACUUUGACUAGGGUAAUAACUCACUCGAAGAAAUUUUUCCAAAGGUCACAGACUGGUUUGGAACAGGAAGAGAUUGUAUGGCCCUCAGUGAGUCUCUACCACUCAUAGAGCUGUACAGCUCGGAAACAGACCCUUCGUUCCGACUCGUCCAUGCUGACCAGACAUCCUAAAUUAAUCU